GGUCACAAUUGUGUUUUGCAGACGCUUUACGCGCUUACCACAGAACCGGAACUAGUUUUGUUGUGAGUGUGACGCGUUGAGAAGCGCGAGCUGUGAGGAGGAGCAGGUGAUCAGUUACUAUGGCAGCUCCCACUGCAUUAACAGGGAAUUAUAUUAGAAUACAGACAUUAACAUCCUAUUUCCAGCAUUGUCGACGAUCAAAACGAUGGAUUAAUCUGAAAACAGUCAACCGGAGAAGCCCCUUUUGUCAGUCACUGAAAAGACAUGUUGCCACGGUGGUCUCAGGGACAGGACUUGCUCGGCAGAUCCAUAAAGAAGUCCAGAGUGAUAUAGCAAAACUAGUGGCCCAAGGCAACAGGAGACCUCAUCUGAGUGUCAUCCUGGUGGGAGAUAAUCAUGCCAGCCACACUUAUGUGAGAAACAAAACCCGAACGGCUUCACUGCUUGGCAUGUCAAGCAGCACAAUCUUCAGGCCAGCAUCAGUAUCUCAGGAAGAGAUGUUGGAGCUGAUAGACAAAUUCAACAGAGACAGGGGCAUCAGUGGGCUGCUGGUCCAACUCCCUCUUCCAGAGCACAUCAACGAGAGAGCCAUAUGCAAUGCUGUUGCCCCAGAAAAAGACGUCGAUGGAUUCCACAUAGUAAACAUUGGGAAACUCUGCUUGGACCAGAGGUGCAUGGUGCCAGCCACAGCAGCGGCAGUGUGGGAAAUCAUCAGAAGAACGGGCAUUGAAACAGUUGGAAAAAAUGUGCUUGUUGUUGGGCGCUCCAAGAAUGUAGGAAUGCCUAUUGCAAUGCUGCUGCAUUCGGAUAGAAACCAUGAACGACCGGGAGGUGAUGCCACAGUUAUCAUGGCUCAUAGAUGCACUCCUCUACCACGACUGAAGGAACUUACCAGUCUGGCUGACAUAGUGAUUGCGGCUGCAGGUGUGCCUCACUUAAUAACGGCAGAUAUGGUAAAAGAGGGAGCCAUGGUCAUUGAUGUCGGCAUCAACCGCAUGCAGGACCCUGUCACUGGUAAACUUCGUGUUGUUGGAGAUGUGGAUUUUGAAGCUGUGAAGGUGAAGGCUGGAUUCAUCACUCCUGUGCCUGGAGGAGUCGGCCCAAUGACCAUCGCCAUGGUGAUGAAAAACACAGUCACUGCUGCCAAAAAUGCUCCAACAUACUGAACAAACACAAAACCUGCCAUUACGGUUGGACUAGAGACAAGCACUUCAGUCUGGAUACUUUAAUUGGCACUAUUUGUCCAUAUAUCUUGAUUAUAAGCGCAAGCCCCUGCAAGCUUCCUCUACAACAUCCUUCCCUGCCUGUCGGCAAGCUGUAACAGGCUGUUCUAGCUGGCACGGCAGCCAUGCAUGUCCAUGACAGUAACUACACCCUAAUUCGUUUCUUAACGCUGUAAAAAUGAGAGAGAUGCCUCCUCAAUGAUUCUAAGGAGCUGUCGCCUUUGCUACAGUGUUAUUAUUUUGUCGGAGCCAAGAAAAUAAGGAGGGUUUACUGUGCAAGUGUAAUAUUACCUCCCUGACGAUGCAUGAGUGAAGCCGGAAGUCUUACUUGCAUCAUCCUCACAGGAGAGUUUCGGUAGGACUUGACAGGCUGCUCAACAGGUGGCCUCAUAGCAGGGUAAUAGAUGGUUCUCAGAUAUCUGACAGAUGAAUCUGUUGGCACUGAGACAAAUGGGACAUUAAUACAUUUUCUCAGGAAAUUAUUUUAGAAUAGUAGUUUGAA